UUUUUAAUAGUUUCGCAGUCUGAGUCACAUAGAAUUCAGUCACAGAUACCUACAGCCUACAGACUUCCUUCUAUAAUAUAGAGUUGAAGUUUUUUUAGUUUAGCUCAAAAGAAUAAAAUAAUAUCAUCAUGAAAUCGGUCAGAUUUUGUUUGUGUUUUAUUUUUGUAGUAUUUUUGUCCAAUUAUCAUACAGCUGAUGCAGGUGUUGCAGGUUCCAUCGCAGCAGUAGUAUCAUUACCGGUUUCUCUCCCACUAAAAAUAGCAACUCUCCCAAUAAAAAUAGCAACUCUCCCAUUAACACUAGCCAUGAAACUGCCAACUUUAAUAAUUAAAGAGGUUAUCGUUUUAAUGAGUAAACUCGUGAAAAUAAUUGCCACAAUUGAAACUAACGGUUUCACAGAUAUAACCCAUUUAGUCAAAGCAAUAGUUUCAAUGAUCGAAGAAAUUGUUACGUCAAUUGUAAAUGGAUUAGUGUCGAUUGGCGUGUUCCAGGGUAAAUCAGCAGAAGAAAUAAUCAAUUUCAUUAUGACUGUUGUUAAAAGUAUAUUCGCCUUCUUGGGUAAUACCGAAAUGGCGCUCAGUUCUGAUGCUGUAAAUACAUUUUUGGGAAUUUUGAAAGCCUUGAAAAUAAAAGACAUUUUGAAUUUGCCUGGCAUAAGUCUGGUUAAAAAGGAAUUGGUAAACAUUUUCAUGAAAUUGAAGAGUUUAUAUGGCAAAAAGGCAGGCAUGAUUAUGAAUUUAGUGAUGAGCCAAAUUGAUAAGCACAGAGACUUUUUCCAACCGAUUUUCAAUGCUGUUUCGAGCAGAGUACUGAUUGUGGUCAAUGCCAUGCAAGGUUUAUUAACUGGCGAUCUUAGUUCUUGUCCUGGAAGUACUCUAGCCUCCAAAUCUCCAGUAAAUAGUCUCAUGUGGCAAUUGAACGUUUGGUUUGACAAAUCUACUCUAAUACUAUUUAAAGUUAUGGGAUUGACUGCUAUGGCUGAAAAGGCACAAAUGAAACUGGAUGAAGAAAUGGCUAAAAUGAAUCCGGCCUCAUAGGGCGAUAAAGCAGCAAAGCAAGCGAGGCUUCAUCAAUUUUGGAUUUUCAAAUUAUUCAAUUUGUUAUGGUUGAUUAAAAUAAAAUCUCAAGAUUGACCAUCAC